GCGGAAGACGCGGAUAGUGCAGCGGAGUUAUACUGAUAAUCAUGCCUUUGGAAAACCUUGAUGAAGAAGGGCUCCCGAGGAAUCCUGACCUUCAGAUAGCUCAGUGGCGGUUCCUAUUGACAGUAGAGGAUGCUCUUAUUAAUAAAGAGACAGUUUGGGAGCAAUUGAUGGCCGCCAUUAAGGAGAAAGAAAUGGCACCGUUUUAUUCGUCACUGUGUCGGGACUUGCAGAAGCCAAUAGACCAAUCACUUUUAGACGAAAUACAAGAAAUUAAUAAAACAAAAAUACAACAACUUGAUGCAGCUAUUGAAGACGCCCAAACUAACUUUGGAGAGAUAGAAACCAGAGACGCUUUUAUGAAGAAAGCCGAAUAUUUAUGUCAAAUCGGUGACAAGGACGGAGCUGUUAGUACUUUCAGACUAGCCUAUGACAAGACGGUUGCCCUCGGUUACCGGAUGGAUGUCAUAUUUUAUUUGUUACGUAUCGGUUUAUUUUACGGAGACAACGAACUCGUUAAGACAAACUUGGAGAAGGCACAGAGUCUUGUAGAUGAGGGCGGAGACUGGGACAGGAAGAAUCGACUGAAAGUGUACACUGGCCUAUAUGCAUUGCAAAUUAGGGACUUUAAGACAACAGCAGUCAAUUUCUUUGACUCAAUGUCUACAUUCACUUCAACUGAGCUGAUGGACUACAGGACAUUUGUAAAAUAUGCCAUAUUCUCUUGCAUGGUUGCACUACCACGCAGCGAACUAAAGAAAAAGGUUAUCAAUGGUGCUGAGAUACUUGAAGAAUUAUACAGCUAUCCAGAGCUGAACCAGUAUGUCAACUCGCUCUAUUAUUGUAAAUAUGAUAAAUUCUUUCAAUCAAUAAUGUGGGUGGAACGUGAGUUUACAAUAGACCGGUACUUAUGGCAACACACAUGUUACUAUGUCCGUGAAAUGAGAGUGAAGGGAUACUCUCAGCUAUUAGAGUCAUAUAGCUCGCUCUCUCUGCACCAUAUGGCAACAUGUUUUGGUGUUAGCGAGUCUUUUAUAGAUAAGGAGUUAUCAAGAUUUAUAGCUUCAGGGAGGUUAAACUGUCGCAUUGAUAAAGUUGCCGGAGUUGUCGAAACCAAUAGACCUGAUAGUAAAAACUUUCUAUACCAGUCUUCCAUAAAGCAAGGGGACAUUUUGCUCAAUCGUAUUCAGAAGCUAAGUCGUGUUAUCAAUAUAUAGUAUAAACUCUGUAUGGUUGGUCAAUCAGGCCGGCUGGGCAGUGAUUGUCUGAAAGGCUAUUGAUAUGCAUAUUUUAGUUAAUCAAUGUUACAUGGUAACCUUACAUGUUCUGUUAUUUAACAGUUUUUGUGUAAUAAUUAACAACUC